AUGCCACAGACACGGCACGACGCAACCUCCCACAGCACAAGCACCACCACCACCACCAGCGUGCCCCGUCUGCCAGCGAGCCUCAGACUCAGACUACACUACUUCCCCCUGGUCGCCGGCACGGUCUGGUUCGCAACCCUGACGACACUCCUCCUGCGCUGGGUGUUCCUGGGCCGGCCCAGAUACCCCGAGCAAGCCAACCCCGACGUGCCGUUCAUUAGCGACAUUGCUGCCCAGACCCUGAAGCCCGUCUUCAUCGUGGGCUGUGCCGUCACGGGCGUCUUCUUCUUCGGCACGGUGUUUGGUGUAAGCCAUGUCCGGUGCUCGCCGGACCUGUACAGGGUCGAGGGGGGCUCGCUUACACAUUAUCGUGAUGAUGCCACUGAUGAGGAAAAUCCUCAAGACCGCGGUGCCCUUGUGACUACCAAGCCAGCCAGCCCUGGAGAGAGGAAGAAGAAGGAGACCAGCGUGGCAACCACGACCAUUGUCAGCUUCUUCGCCCAGCUCACGGGGUUCACCGCCGCCUUGAGCCUCUGCCUCCUCAGCGUCUUCGACACGGUCGACUACUCGGUCCAGCACCACUACCUGCUCAUGGUGACCUUUGCCGGGCUGUGGCUCAGCGCGGCGCUCACCACGGCCCUGUGGCGGGAUCAGCUCUGGUUUACGGGCCCGCCGGGGCUUGCUGGGUUGAGAAAGUGGGUGACAAUCAACGCCAUCCUCGUCGUGGUCCAGCUCGUCGUAGGCGUCCUCUUCGUCGCGCUCAUGUACGCCCAGGAGCACCGCUGGGCGGGCUACUGCGAGUGGACGCUCACGUACCUCGGCGCGUUCUGGCUGCUGUCCUUUGUGGGCUUUGUUCGGGUCCGCGAAGACGAGAAGAAUGAAGCUGUUGAGAGUGUGGAAGCUGAAAGACAGCCAUUGCUUGGUGCUUGA